GCUGAGGUUUGGCCAGUUCACAUCUAGAGUGCACUGCAAGGAUAACUGCGUUGCAAUGUUUUUGAGUCUAGAAAGAAUGGCGCAAACGUUUUUGUUCUGUUUCUUUGUACUGAUCAUUAUUGUUAUACGAGCAAACGCGAAUAAUCCAUGUACUACCCACAAAGUAAUAAACAAUCCCUAUCGAAGCACCGCUUACAAAUGGACAUUAGGAGAAAUUCCGAUAUGCGACAACCUUCUGAAACCUGGUUGGUACAGAUUUACCAGUGCUGUUGGUGGAAUGAUACCAACUACCAAGCCAAAACCGUACCACUGCGGCACGGUUGCUCCAAUCUGGAUAAAGGGAACCUUGCCAACCACAAAAGGACAAACCGUGGUCACCACAGUCUGCGUUAACAUGUUCGAUAUGAAAGAUGGUUGCGUUCGAAAGCAUCAGAUUUCCGUAAAACACUGUGGAAACUACUUUGUCUAUUUACUUGUACCAACCCGAGGAUGCACAAUAGCUUAUUGCGCAGGAAAUUUAAUGCCAUGUCCAAGAGGAAUGUCUGGUAUGCCACCGAAUUGUCAAGUGUUGACCAUUGUGGAUUUCCCUUAUGAUCUCAUUCCAACACCUAAAGUAACUUACCUAGAUGACAAUUCUCCGGAAGUCAAAAUGUUAUGUAAAUUUGAAUUUCCCCAAUGGAAUAAUGUAUCCUUUUCGGUGGACUGGUAUUCCAGUGGAAGACUUUUUGAGAACCAAGAAAUUUGUACAAGCCCGGAUACACCAUGUAACGAAAGGCAAAGUAUUCUCAACCACCAAGAUUACGGUAAACCUGGAGAAUGGGUUCGCUGUCGACUUCGAAUGAAAUAUCUGUAUUCAUCUUAUCCUAACAAUAACUAUACAAGUGUCGGGAGAUACAGUCCAUUUUACUACAUUGGAAUCACGGUUUAUCCACCAAUUAUUAGCCUCACAGAAUGUGACGUAAAUAAAGAAAAGAAUGUUACUUUCCGAGCAACCGUACCGAUUCUGCCUAUGCAUGGGAUGCCUACUGAUCCAGUUAAGCUAUCCGUUUACGUACCCUAUGCAUUCCAAGGCAAAGAAAAACAGGCCGCUGUUAGUACGUGUGGAAUCCAAUUUGGAAGAAAAGAUACAAUGGUGGACAAGAACAUAACUAUCAAAGCGAUAUGUGAUUACCCAAAUGAGCCAGAGAAUAAUAUGCAAUUCCACUUUGCGUUUGAGGAUGCCCAUACAUUCUGGUUUAAUUAUCGUGUAAAAUCUGUACAGAUCAAAGUUAGAAAUACAGAAAUUGGUCUUUGCACAUCGUAUGCGGAUCCACAUUAUACAACGUUUGACAAAAAGUACUUCGAUUUCUAUAAGAUUGGUGAUUACGUGUUGUACCGCAGUGUGAAAGAUACGAAACACGUAGAGAUUCAUUCGCGUCUUUGGUCUUGCAAUGGCGGCGUUUCGUGUAAUUGUGGAGUAGCAAUACGUGAAGAUAACGAUCUCAUAAUAUUAUCUGUUUGCAACAAAGAUCUUAGUCUUCAUGAAUCUGCCUUAAGAAGAUUUAAAGCAUAUGUACCAAGACCAAUUUCACAUGGAACUCAUGUUUACAGAACGUUGACCGGUUCAUCAGUUAAAUAUCAAGUAAUUCUAUCAUCGGGGACUCAAAUCAUUGCUACGCGUACUAGUUGGGGGAUGAGUGUCAAAGUUUUUGCUCCAAAACCUGAUAAAAGAAGUAAAAUAUCUGGGUUAUGUGGUAACUUUAACGGUGACCAAGAUGAUGAUUUCAAACACAAUGGACAAGUAUUUCACGAUGCGAAUUCCUUUGGAGAUAGUAUGAGAGUGGACACAAGUAAAAGUCUUUUCGAGGCUUUGCCAGAAAUUGUUAAAAGGAAAGCAGAUGAUGGAAUGGCUUGCACUUGUCCUGUAGGACCAAUUCAUAAAAUAUCAAAAGAUAGUUGCUUCGAUACAACAAACCAUUUUCAGGGAUAUACUUCAUCAAAUCACCCAGAAGAUGUAACAACCGCACUAAAUAGGUUUGGUCAAAAGAUUAAUCGACGAUCUGUAGACAGUCGGUGGUACAGUGAUGACAUCAUUGAUUACGAGGAUCGCAGCUUCUUUGUUGAUGAAAAAGAUGCAAAACACGCCAUUCAUCGUUUCCGCAAUAGACGAUCCGCUAGGAUCGUGAAUGGCAUGUCAAAAGAAAACGCGACCAGAAUUUGUAAAAAAGUCAUUGAAGAUUCCACCGCAGGAAAGGUUUGCGAAGAAGUUCCUGGUACAAAUUUAACAUUAGCCAUGCUACAAUGUGUCACUGAUUUAGAGCUAACAGGCGAUAUUGUCUUUGCGGAUUCGGCUUUUGAUUUUAUGAAAAGUCAAUGUGAAAUGUUUUCUUUGAAAAAUUUAUCUCUUUAUUCUAAUGAUUCUAAUGGAAACAUGGUCCCCCCAAUGGAGAUCGGCGAAAACUUGUGCCCAAACGACUGUAGUGGACAUGGAAACUGCUCAAAUAGAACCUGCAUAUGCGAUGAAGGUUUUACUGCAAUUGAUUGCUCAAUGGAAACUAGCGCAGUUCCUGAAUUGCUGGGAAUUUACGAUGGAGGACUAUGUGAUAUUCGUGAAAGACCGUGCAAGAAAACUGAUAUCUUUGGUCAGGAUUUCAUUAGCUCCGAGAAUAUAACAUGUCACAUAAAAGAGUUCAAGGUUUUUAAAGGAAAUUGGUCGCCAAGGACAUCAACUAUAAAACUACCCGGAAAAAUGACAGACCUAUACGUAGUAAAAUGUAACCUUCCUGACCCUCCCACCACAAUUGAUGAUUAUGAAAACGAUGGUACCCCUGCAGGCGGACUUUUGAUUUCAGUAUCAAAUGAUGGCGUAAGAACAAGUGCAAGGCAGCUAAAGUUUGUUUCCUAUGACUCUGUCUGCUUAAACUGUAGUAAAUCAAUGAACUGCACUCUGAAGAAAGAAUCGUGCAUUAUCAGCGGACACUGUUUUGCUGCACUUCAAUCAAAUCCGUUAGACUGGUGCCAGCAGUGCAUCCCGAGUGACGACCAGCAUUCCUGGACUCCAAGAAAAGGAAACCGUGCGCCAAAGUUCACUUCCAAUCAAACAUACUUUGCUAUUAAAGGAGAAUAUCUUAUUCUCCAACUUCUUUCGAAAGACCCUGAUAACCGUCCAGUAACAUACUCUCUACUCCGUUCUACGGCUCACGACUACACAUUCAUUAAAUCUGGUUUACUGAGAUGGAACGUGACAUCGAAUGGUAAUCAAGGAUUUAAUCUGAAAGUUACGGAUGAGUGUGGAGCAUUUGAUACAUUGAAUAUCACAGUACGUAUAUUACAAUGUCCUUGUCGGAACGGUGGUCAGUGUGUUCCCCACCCCUACCACCCACGGGGAUCUGGACAGUACUAUUGCAACUGCCUUCGAGGAUUCUCUGGACCAAACUGUGAGCAAAACAUUAAUGACUGCAAUGGCGUUAACUGUGGAAAUGGUGUUUGUAUCGAUGGAGUCAAUAACUACACCUGCCGAUGUAAUGUUGGCUUUAAAGGGCCUUACUGUGAUCAGGAAGAGAUCCGUUGUAGUAAUCAUUCCUGCUAUCCUGGAGUGCGAUGUACCGACACCAACGGUAAUUUAACUUGUGGUCCCUGCCCUCCCGGAUACACCGGCGACGGAAAAACAUGCUUAGUGCCGUAUUUGACCACAACUGAAACAGCUACUACAUCAACAGACAAAGCUUAUCCAACUGAAAAAGAAACGCCAUUUUUUACAACCACUGAAAAAGAAACGUCUGCUUAUACAACUACUGGAAUAGAAACGUUUUCUUCAACCUCUGGAAUAAAACCGUCUGAGAGUUUUACAACUCAGGCUAACGGUGAAAACACCAGGCUUAAGGUUGAGUUACGAUUACGAAAAGAAUGGACAGAAAAACUGAAGGACAAGAGUAGUGAAUCUUUUAUCAAGCUUGCCCAGACAUUGAAGAAAGAGAUUUUGUUAGCUUAUGCAAGAAGUAAGAACCUAAUUGAGGUUAAGAUUAUAUCGUUUAGAGAAGGAAGCGUUAUUGCUGAAAUGCUUCUAGUUUUCAACUCCAAUCUUGAAGAUGUUCUGCUACCCAUCAAAAAUAGGAUAAAAGAUGGGAAAAUGGGAAACUUGGAGGUUGAACCGACUUCUUUGAGGAUUGUUCAAAAUCAAGACAAGGAUGAUGAAAAACCGACAAACAUUCUGGUUCCUCUAUUGGUUGCCAUCGGUAUUGCCGCAGUCCUCAUAGUGGUAGUGGUGAUCAUAGUCAGAAUAAGAACCAGCUCUCGGCAAAUUGAAGCCAGAAAAAGGUCACUAUCUGGUGCUAACAAAAUAAUACCAUGCGACGAAGAAAACAAGAUGGAGAUGAAGGAAACGAGGCAGAAAUGCGAUGAAACCAAGAGUUUCGAAAACAAAGCUUUUCACGGCAAUCCUGCAUAUGAAUUACAGGCAUAGAUUACAGCCCAAGGAAAUUUCAGAUGUCAUCACUCCAUAUAUAACGUCAUAUUUCAUACUUAGUUGUAAUUAAUAUUGAGUGAAUCGUUCUUGUAAUGUCAGUUUGAUGACUUGUUUUACCUGUUGGCCAAGAUUACCCUAGUAAUCAUAGAGCUCUCGCUCGAAAAAAAGCAAUACUCGAUAUUUGUUAAUUAGUACGAUUUAUAGCAUAUAUAACCAAAUUCGUGUUUGCAUCAGUGCUAUAUUCUUACUGAUUGUAGUCAAACUUGUAUUCAACGUGAAGCAUGCUAUAUACUCACAUACGUAUGAUUUUGUUUUACAAAGAUAAACAUGACAGUAAUGCACGCAAUGAUUUAUUAGCCCUCAAGCUCUGUAGUUAACGAGCGACUGAUAGUGAGAUCAGAAACCUAACCUUCCUUCUAUAAGCCACAUUCUUUUUCUUUUCCGACUCGCCAACCAAAUAACUGGUAGAGGAAUAGUAAGAUACAUCGCUCCAUUGGUUGGAACAUCGCUUGAUCAGCUUACAGCAGGUCGAUGAGACGGGCGAAUAAGCAUCCCUUCCCACUCUACCAAUAUAAACUAUUUGCUGUGAAUUGCAUUCAAAGGCAAAUUUAUCGAUAAAAUAAGAUUGAUUAUUAGCCGCAUCUUUGAAAUCAGUUAAGACUGCUGAAAUUGCCUUGUCAAUGUAAUAUUGGUGUUUUGACUAUACACAUUCUAUAGGAAAUUAAAGCUUAGAUGUCUGAGCUAAA